UCAUCUGGUUUAUUAUUCGCGGUGUAUUUAUUCUGCAGCAGCCAGUUUCGAGGUUCCUCUCCCCCAAUACCCACCCCCUAUGCAGUAACAGAACCUGGCUAAUCUGGAUCAUGCUCAUUGAUAGGUCCUUUUUUGUAGACCUGCACGUCCACCUCACUUUAUCCGCACUUUCGAAAUGGCCUACACUAUUGAGGCUGCGAUGACCGAGGCGUUGACCCACCUCAGACGCGUUUCUGAACAUGUGAGGGCUUCAGCUUGCUCUAUCAGGUGAUGAUAUAGUAACAAGAUUGCAGUUUCGCAACCACGAGCAGCCUAGAACUGCAAAUGAGAUUGGAAAGGCGAGUGCAAAGCUCGUCGAAGCCUUCAAUGAAGGCAUAGCUCAACUCUCUCCAAGCGAAUAUGUCUUUGACUUCGUGCCUGACAGUGCGCAUCAUUCCGCGGCCCACCCUCGAGCAAUAAUACAACGUCAAGCCCAUGAGGCUCUCAUGAACGAAGUUGAGAAGGGUAAAAGAGGAGAUGCCAAUGCUGGGCUAGACAGGAUCCAGGAAGCCAUUGGACCCGCUCCACUGCAUCCCAGCAGCUGGGCACAAGUUGCCAGUUCGGUUUCCAGUGUUCAGGACUCUUCUUCCCGUUCUGCACAGUUCUUCAAGUCGCCCGCCUCGCUAGCAUCUAGCUCCCCUUCAAAGGAGAACGUGAAUAGCGACGAUCAAGAUAAAUCCGGCAAGGAGCUUGCUCCCUUCUCCGCCCCUACUGUGCCCGAAAUUCCUGAGAAGGCAGGAAUAAUCCGUGUUUACGGAAGAAUGACCAGAGAUGCCGUGAACUAUAUCACUACCCGAAUCCGUGAGGGACCUCUGCACGACAUCCGCGUUGAGACUAAUGAAAGAAUCCGUGUUAUCUUUCAGCAUGCGUCGCACGCGCUCGCGCUUUUCAAGUCCAACCAAAAUAUGGAGGCCCUGGUCGGACACGGACGUUUUGGACCCGGCUAUAGUGUGGAAUUGGCUGAAAUCGUCGAUUGGAACGACGAUCUUCAUCGCAUGAACCAGCCGAUUAGAGAGCGCCGCCGUCUCUCCUUUGCAAGGAAGAGGCUUUUCGCGGACAACAUGUCUCCCGAAAAGUGGAAGCACGAUAUCCGUGCUAUUGCCGGUGCCGGAAACAUUGAUUUCCUCUGGGUUUUCAACUCUGGCAAUGCGACCGCCGUUUUCACCAGCACCGGCGUUGCUCGCAAGGUCUUGGAAGUGUUCAACAGAUGGAAAGAUAGUCACAACGUCUAUAGUGGUGUCUCGGUCACCUAUUCCUCGGACCCGUGUGAGAAGGAUCUCACCAUGGUCAAAGAGACCAACCGACCCCACAAUGGCAAGUAUCUGGUGAGGAGACCGCUUCAGUAGCUGCAACUAGCAUGGCUGCCGCCGAGAUGUCUUUCU